CUUAAGGUGAACAAUUACUUAUAAAAAUGAUGAAAAUAAGCACGGGGCUCACACAGGUAUAAUGAGCGCAGGUAAUGAUUUAAACAUGAUGAAUGGACGUGAUUAUCUGGCAACAACAAAGAAGGUGAACAUAAAACGCCCCCGAGUUUAAGGACAUUAUACUAGUUAAAGGUACUUGGGAACUGCUCGUUAGCUCGUUACGCGUUAUUGGAAACUUUUAGGGAGAGAGAGAGAGAGAAAAGAGAGUUUGGAGAGACCCGUAUCUAAAUGACCUUGUACAUCUUGGGGCAGAAGAUCUUACGUCACACACACACACACACACACACCUCAAAAUAUCAGUACUAUUUAGUGAAAUAUAUCUAUGAUAAGGCCUGAACAAAGUACUACGGAUUAACGAUGUACUACACCUGAACAAUAUACUAGGACUGAACAGUGUACUACACCUCAUCAGUGUACUACGGAUGUACAAUGUACUAGUGCUCAACAAUGUACUACGGAUGAACAAUGUACUAUGGCUGAACUAUGUACUAGGACUGAACAAUGUACUAGGACUGAACAAUGUACUAAGACUGAACAAUGUACUAGGGCUCCACAAUGUACUAGGACUGAACAAUGUACUUGGGCUGAACAAUGUACUAGGACUGAACAAUGUACUAGGGCUCCACAAUGUACAAUGGUGUGCCUGUGGGUGAAGUAUUAAGAGUAGCACAGUGAGUCUCUCUCCUUGUAUUAGCCUGUAAAACAAUUGUUCUUUUUUGUGGUGGCAGCAAAAAUAAGUCAAUUUUGCAUACGAAACCUGCUUAAUUGUUUAAGAAAAUUACUAUUACAACGUAGAAAUACCCGAGUGAUUUCUUAGAAAGAAAAACAAAUAUAUAUUUCCAUUUAGUUGAUGACAACACAACAGUGAACUUUGAUAUAUUAUCGAAAUAUAUAAAUAUAUAUAUACUUUAUAUAACUGAAAAUAUAUAACGCUGAAAAUAUAUAUAAUAGUGAAAAAGUUAGAGGUAGAUGCAUGCUGGAGCAAGAGUGACGCCAGGGCACUAACCGACACCUUCUUCCCCGCAGGUGAAGAUCUGGUUCCAAAACCGGCGGUCAAAGUACAAGAAGAUGAUGAAGGCAGUGCAGACUGUUGGGCCGGGUGCUCCCCAGGGGGCGCCUGUGGGGCCCGGCUCCCCUCUCAGCUCCUCCCCCUUGUCUGCCACCUCCCCCCUGCAGACCUACUCCACCCCUACCCCUCUUAGCCCCCCUCCACAGACACAGUCCCCUAGCCAGAUCCCCUUGUCACAGUCCUCAGCUCCUCCUCUCUCCCAGCCCCCGCCUCUCACCAUUCUGGUCCCCACCUCUCACCCUGCCCUGGGCUCCCUCCCCAUGGCCCACCUCCACUCUGGCCAACACCCACAGCAUCCCCAACCCCAGCUAACACCCUGCCCACCACCCCACUCCCUCUCGCAACCUCCACACCCACACCACCCACCCCAUUCGGCUUCCCCUCACUCCCACCCACCACCCUCACACUCUGUCCAGCUGCCCCCGCACGCCCACGGGCCUCCCCAUCACCCGCCCACACCCACUAGCCAGUCGCACGACAACCAUGGUUCGCCCCACCUGUGUCCCCCUGGCCCGCCCGGGGCGCCGUGUCCACCUCCGCCCCAGCACCACAUGAACCACCAGCCCCACGGGGGAUACAUGCCGCCCACCUCCAUAGCACCGCCCGUAUCCUCGGCUGACCACAUGUCGCUGCCACCCUCCGCCUCGUCGCCCGGGCUGGCAGCUUACCAGUGGGAUGUGAAGCCGCCCGUGUCGGCGCCAUACAUGUACUCGUGGUACUCCCCUGACCAACAACAUCUCCUCACCUAAGUCAACCAUUUUACACCGCUGGUAACCCGGGCCACUGGCUACCGCAACUUACAGGGCCACAGAAGUAUUCUGUGUGGUCCAGCUACGGCCCGCUGUGUGGCCCACUCGUGGCCCGCGGCAAAGUUGCCGGGACCAAAGAUAACAAGAGCAGCCUUAGCGACAUCCCAAAGAUUUCGUGCAAUAAACUCGCCAUAUUGGCGAUGACAUGGAGGUAGUGGUGGCAGGGUGAGGUGUGGCCUGCCCAGGUGAGCCACACCUGACCCAGCUGGCAGCCACAGCGGGUCAGGAGCAGUUGGAGUGAUGCACCGCAGGACCUGUGCCAAGUGGGAGAACAGGGCGGCUGGUAGUUGAGAAGAGUAUUGUUGUCGGAGCAGCCUGACCCGCCGUUGUCAGGUGUAGAGGCUCACCACUACAGCUCUCACGGACCCGUCUCUAUAUAUUGUGCAAAUGAAUGUUUACUGGUAGAAGUUGUUUAAUUGGUUCACCAACCCUUUUAUAUAGUGAUCUGGCCUAACAAGCCACAGUGUUUUAUAGUGACGUGGUUCACCAAGUCUUAGUGUUGUGUGGUGAUAUGCCACAGCAGCAACGUUUUAUAGUAAACAGGUUUACCAAGCAACCCGCUGUGCUUAACUACUACAAGUUUAACACACCAUUUUGUAAUUUUUAUACUGGUGUGGGUGUGGCGGGGGUGUGGCGGGGGUGCUGGCUGGCCUCCCACACUCCAUAACCCUGAGGUAACCUGCUGGGCCGCCACACCCACACCUCCAGUGACCCUGAUGGUGUUGGAGACGGUGCAAUGGUCGUCAAGGCCAGGGGCUCUCAACGCCUCUUCAAGGAGCAGUGUGUGUGGAGGAGGGUGGUGGCAGUGGGCGGCGGUGCAACACUGGAGA